AUGUUGGAAAGCAUGUCUUUACAGAGAGUUAAUCAGUUUGGGUUUCAAAAUUCUUUCAUUGUUUCAUCUGUAGGAGGAAGUGGUGGUUUAUGGUUGCCGUGGAAGGAAGAGAUACAAAUAUAUAUUAUCUCCAAGUCGUCUAAUUUUAUCCAUGUUGUGGUGAAUCGUGAUAGCUGUAAUUCAUGGCAUCUUUUCUGCAUUUAUGUCCCUCUAAUUACAACCCAAGGAGCUAGAUUUGGAGAAAAUAUGACUCAACAUGUUCAGAAUUUUGAUGGUUGUAAGUGUGUCAUAGAAGACAUUUAUGCUAUGUGUUCUAAGGAUGAAAAAUUUGGAGGUUUCCCAAUUUUGAAUUCAAAUAUUUCGUACUUCAAUAAUUUCAUUCAACAAAACCAUCUAGUUGACCUGGGUUAUAACGGUCCAGCUUACACUUGUACCAAUGGUUAUAAUAUAGAGGGUUUGAUAUGUCAGUGUUUGGAUAGAGCAGUUGCCAACCCAGUGUAUGCAUCGAUUCUUCAUAUCCCAAGAUUAGCAAGUGAUCACCCACCAAUCCUUUUGAAUACAUGCAGAAAUAUUUCCAGAUCUCCGCGUGACUAUAAGUUUGAAGCGAUGUGGCUUUCUCAGCCGGAGUUAUUUGAUAACGUGAGCAAAUGGAGUCGCAGAAGAAUAGCUUGUAUUAAACACAAGAUUGCUUUCCUAAAAACUAAGUUGCUAAAGAUUCAGUCAUGGAGAUCUACAACAACAAACAUUCAAAGCGAAAAACUUUUGAUGACUGAACUUAAUAUUAUGGAAGCUACAUAUUGGGAUCAACAUAUGAAGCGCAAGGGAUAA